ACAUGGAUAGUGAAGAAAAUACUGAGCCCAACUUGAGUUCAAUUGGUAAGGAUGAGACGGUAUCAAAUGAGAACAUAGAAGAACCUUCAAACGUCACUGUGACAGAACCAGCACCUUCAGUGGUCAGUGACAUGUUGGAUGCAGGGUUAGUUAAAACAUCAGAACAGUUCAAAUUUAACUUUCAAAUUGGUAAAAAUUCUAAGAAAAUGUCAGAAGAAGAAAUUUCAAAAAUAUCUGAAAUGGUUGCAGGAUUAGCGAAGUAUAAUGACUGCGAGGAGGAAUUUCCUGACUCUAAUUUAAAGAUUCCCUCAAAGCAGAAGAAAGGGAAAUCACCACGUAAAUCACAAGGAAUUCAAGAGUCUAGCUCAUUAAGUCAAUUUAUAGAUUCAAAACUUGCCAGUCUGCAUCCUAGUGAUGGAGGAGACAAAGAUGAUAGGUCUCAGGCUAAAGAUGAUAAAAAGCCUCACAAGACUGGAGUGCAUGUUGCUAGUGUGUCAGCUGAGAAACAGUUGCAGUUUGAAUCAAUGUUAAAGGAAGAUCUCGUAUCAGCCACUGUUGGUGUAGAGGAACUAGAUAUCUCUACUGGUGCCCGGCCUAAAGUGAAAGUUCAAACUGAAACAAUUGAUACACAACAGACUGAGAGUGCUGGUAAUCAGCAAAAACAAAAAGAGGAACAGAUAAAAGGAAGUCCAAAAAAGAAAGGUGAAAAGAAAUCACCAAAGAAAAAAGGGAAUCAAGGUCAAAGUCAGAUUUCUAUGGGGAAAAGAUCUCCACAGAGGCGGAUUGAAGUAAUAGAUCAGAUGAAAAUAUGGUCAGAGAUGGAUCAGACGGAAAGACCAGACCUGGAGAUGGGGUUAUUUGACUCGGGCUUAGGUGGUUCUAUAUCAGGUCCUGAAUCCUAUCAAUCGGAUCUUUCUAUUGGCGUCACCGUAUCAGAUUUAACCAGCGAACAUUUACAUAACAUACCAG